AUGUCUCUUGACUCCUUGCCCUUCGAAGUAACCUGUCUUGUUGCAUCGUAUCUGCCAUGUGAAGAUAUGUUGCCACUCCUACAAUGCAAUCGUAUGCUCCAUGAUACCGUGAUUCAUGCCCUUUACAAGCAAGACACAGACACUAUAGAGCAUGCACUGCGAUGGCUCUUAGAAAGAGGAUUUGAAUUGGGGAUCCAGCACAUAAUAUCGCGCAACAACCUAGACGUGAACAUGGCACUGUACCUGCGGUACACACGGAUCAACACACCUUUACUCCUUGCCGUCGAUUCUGGUCAUACGAAUAUUGUGGAGCUCCUUCUGCGUAACGGAGCCCAAGUCAAUGUCGAAACAGAUAUAUCCGCGUUGGAACAUGCUGCAAGUUUAGGAGACUACAACACGACAAGCUUACUCCUCCAGCAUGGGGCCCAUGUAAACCUCGUGUCAACCCACGGUACUAGCCCUCUGGGAUGUGCUCUGGCAGGUAGCUAUGACUUCGGGGAUCGCAAUCCACACACCUUCAGCACGGAGACAUGUAAUGAUUUGCCACAAUGCAAAGGAGAGAAUGAGCUUGUCGGUGUGAUCGGAUUGCUGCUGGCUCACGGGGCAGAUCCACAUUUCCAAUACGAUGAUACCAUGUCUACUUGCCUACACAGGAUUACUCAGAGGCCAUGGAAAUCGACGGAGAAACUGCUCGGUAUGUUUCUCGAUUAUGGCGCUGAUUUAAACGCACAGAACUCACGAGGAGACACUCCCCUUCACGUUUCUCUCUCAUAUGAUGCAUUCUCAGGAGAUAAAAAGGUCCAAAAGGACUUUGUGGAAUUGCUUUUGAGAUUUGGUGCUGAUUCAAACGCACAAAACCCACAAGGGAAUACUCCCCUUCAUAAUGCCCUCGCCUCUGACCCAUUCUCAAGAGAUACAAAAGCUCAAAAGGAGAUUGUGGGAUUGCUUUUGAGGUACGGUGCUGAUUCAAGCGCACAAAACCCAGAAGGGAACACUCCCCUUCACGAUGUCUUCGCCCAUCCCGUAUACUCAAGAGAUACGAAAGCCCAAAAGGUGAUUGUGGAAUUGCUUUUAAGAUAUGGUGCUGAUUUAAGCGCACAAAACCCACAAGGGAACACUCCCCUUCACAAUGUCCUCGCCUGUGCCUCAUGCUCAAAAGAUACGAAAGCCCAAAAGGAGAUUGUAGAAUUGCUUUUAAGAUAUGGUGCUGAUAUAAACGCACAAAACUCAAAAGGGAACACCCCCCUUCACGCUGCCCUCGCCUGUAACCCAUUCUUGAGAGAUACGGAAGCCCAAAAGGAGUUUGUGGAAUUGCUUUUGAUAUCUGGUGCCGAUGUUAAUCUCAAAAACCAGCGUGGAGACACACCACUAGGUAUCACAUUUGAGAAUGCAGGCGUCUUUGAACUUGUCUUGAAACCAGGGGCUAGUACUCGUUGCCGUGGUAAAAAUGGAGACACGAUUAUUUCGAUGCUUUUGGGAAUGAAGCGGCGGAAGCAAAGGAUAAGCUCAAGGCAGUAUCUGAUCAAUACUGUCUUGAUAAAGCUACUCUUGGAGCACGGAGCUUGCACAGAUCAAAUCAUCGAUGGAAGCUGUCCACUGGCCUUACCCGCGGCAAAGAUGUAUCCAGUGCUGAGAGAUUUGAUAAAAGAGAGGAGAAUGGCUCCAAGGAAAUCUCCAAGGAAAGCUGUAAGGAAAGCUCCACCAAAGAGGUCAUAUCAGGUGGAAAGUAGUGGGCCCGUGAGAAAAGCCAAGAAACACAAGAAACCGACGAAGCCCACGAGAACACUGCCCAGAAGGAAAGCCAAAAAAUAUGAGACUAUCAAGAAGCCCACGAAGUUUAUGAGAAAACUUCGCCCGAGGGUUCCUCGCCAGCCUUGA